CGCGACGCGUGCUAGCUGCUGACCUGCUGUAUUAUGCUAGCUGCACACGAAAGUUUGUUGACAACUUGUGCAGUUUACAUUGCGUCGAGUUGGGCCUGUUCGAUGUGCUGAACUGGUCGUAAAAUGUACAGCUGUACAGAUCUGUGAUGUCAACACCGCACCCAUGCUGUUAACCCACAUAGCCAACCUACCUAUAUUGUACAAUGUAUUGAUGACUGAUAACACAGUUGUUAUCAUCAGCUGAAGUAGCAUAUCCUGCCCUCACCCACCCUCCCCCUCCCCUCUCUUCACUCAUGUCUUCCAGUGAGAAAGUCUCACACCAAGAGUCGUCAGGUGGCCUUGGGCAGAUGGUGUCCCAGCGCCUGUCCCCAUCGUUGAUUGACCUGCAGCAUCUGUCAGAGGAAGAGCGCAACAUCAUUUUCUCAGUGCUGGACCGUGAUGAGCAGCUGAGACAACAUGACCAAGAACGAGUCAAGAAAAGAUCAAGGAUGCUGAAAAAUGAACUUCAUGAUCUACGCAAGAAAGGUGCUGUCAACGCAGCUGAUGAGAAUGACAAUGCCCGUGUCUGUAUACGAUGCCGUGAGCCACUGGGCUUGUUGUUCAACACCGGUGACAGCUGUCCAAAGUGUCAACACAAGGUGUGCAAGGCCUGCCAGGUGACACUGCCUAGUGGCACUCGCUGGCUGUGCUCUGUCUGUCACAAAAAUAUGCAACUUCAGCUUGAAACUGGUGAGUGGCAUUUCUCCCAACUGCAAGUUGACCAAGUUCCUCUGUUUGGUUCAGACCUUGUCAAGGCAUCACUGGCCAAAGCUAAGCAUUCACUGACUGAUCCAACCACUAUCCCUGUUCUGACUGCAUCGGACCUCCGAUCAGACUCUCGCUCAUCCUUGCAAGGGAAGAAACGUAGUGAUCCAGGCAAAGGCAGGCAUCAUAAAGGCCGGCAAGACAGUCGGACAUCCUCAGAUUACACCACAUCCCGGCAGAGCAGUCAACGAAGUGCAAGGUAUGACAAUUCAUCCAGUGGGCCUAAUUCCCCAGCUGCUUCCCUGAAAAUCUCCUCAAGGGUUUCCUCAAGUCUCACAGGGAACACCUCGCCUUCUGAGGUCUACUCUGAGCCUGAGGAUUACCCAAGGGGAGGCGGGAGAAAUAAGUGGAAGAAAGUGGCCGCUGUCUCACAGGCUGGUGGGAGAUUUUUCAAGAGAAAGGGAGACGGGAAAUCAAAAACAUCACUCCAACAGACACGGACACAUAAUCGCAGUAACAGCUCUGGCUCUGAGCCUGUGUCAGUGACUGAUUCAUCGGAGGUAGAUGGUGUCCUUGAACCCAUUUCUGGGUUCACUUUCCAGCGAGUGUCUUUCAGAAAGGAUCGGAAGGGUUCUGGCAAGCAGGACUCAUCAAAAGACACCACAGACCAAGGACAAAACCAUGACGAUAUGGGAUGUGUGUGUUCAACUGAAGAGCCUACCUGUAUCCCAGCCGGCCUAGCUGAAGAUGAUCAAGAUGAUUACAUCAAGUCUAAUGGCAAGACCCCAGUGGAUAACACCAGCCAUUCUGUAGAUACACCAGUCAUCGCAGUUGAUGUGGUGGAUGACAGUAAAGGAAAAUCUCGAGAGGACUCAGAAGAGGAUGAUAUUGAUCGUCACUUCAUGGUACAUGGAGGGCUCAGUCCAGAUAUCAGAAAUAAAUUUGGGAUCCAUAGUGAUAGUACCGGUACGUCCCCACCUGACACUGAUAGUUCCCAUGACAAAGCCACUUCACUGCAGUUGUCCAAUGAGGAUAGUUUGAGUGAUGAGAAACCAUCCCCAAAUGAGCAGAAUGAAAAUGGUAAAGCUGUCCGUGCUAGUAUUACAUCCGACUCCCACCUUUCUGUGGACGGUGCAUCAUCACCGGAAACCCAUCUCCCAUCUAGUUCCAACACCUUCACCAAGGCAGGAAGCAUUGGAGACAACCGAUCUCGUGCUUCAGCCUCCUCUCUUCAGAGGAGGAUGCAAACAGGAAGCAAUCUCAGCAAGGUAAAAAUGACACAUGCAACAGCGGUAGAGGGUGCAAGGAGGUCUCACUCAGAUCCUGCAGCAACGGGAAUGGGAAGCUCGGUCAGCAUGACAAGCUUGUACAGCCAGGCAGGAGAGGAGAAUUAUGGGAAAUAUGUCAUUACUGGAGACAUCAACUUUGGGCUACAUUACAACUACAAAACCAACAUCUUUGAGGUCAAGAUCAAAGCGUGUCGUGACCUUGCUCCAGUGGAUGUCAAGAGAAUCAAAUCAGACCCGUAUGUGAAGACCUACCUUCUUCCGGACCGAACCAAAGCCAGCAAACGGAAGACGUUUGUGCGUAAGGGUACAGUCAACCCCCAGUAUGAGAUGACGUUGAGAUAUCACAUCUCUCAGAGUGAGCUGGAGACCAGGACACUCAGUGUGACUGUAUGGAAUAAUGACGCCUUUGGAAGGAAUGACUUCCUGGGAGAGGUUCUAGUCAACAUGGAUUCUAUCAAGUUGGAUGACUACAAGCCACGAUGGCAUCAGCUUUGCAAUAAGUCCCAACCAGCAGAGGGCGCCGUUGCAUACAAGGGUGACUUGACUGUCUCAUUGAUGUACUCGGAUACAGUCGCACCUGAGGUGGAGGAAAAAGACUCCAAGAAGAAAAAGAAGAAAGAUAAAAGCAAGAAGUUGGGCAAGAACCAGCAAGCAGCUGAAGGGAAGGGGCUGUUGUAUGUCAAGAUUAUUGAAGCAAGGAACUUAGUCGGUGUGCGGAUGGGUGGCUCAUCCAACCCAUUUAUCAAAGGCUAUUUGGAGCCAGACAGGUCCAAAACAGGGAAACAUAAAACAGCAGUACUGCGCGGAACUUGCAAUCCUCGCUGGGACCAUGUCAUGAAGUUUGAGAAUGUCUCUCUGAGGACGCUGAAGGAACGGUGCUUGGAAUUGACGGUUUGGGACCAUGAAACACUCUCAUCUAACGAGUUCUUGGGUGGAGUAAGAUUAAACUUAGGCACAGGUGAGUACCAGAGGAAACCAGCAACCUGGAAUGAUGCUACAGGAGAGGAGAUGAAAGUAUGGGAGCAGAUGAUGAAGGCUCCUGGGCGAUGGCAUGAGGCUACCAUCGUACUCAGACCAAGUAUGGUUAGUAGGUUGCAGUACAUGCAAUGAUGCCUGUAUCCAGACGUCACCAUCUGCAACCACAGACUGUACUUUUGAAUGAAGUAUCUGUAUUAACUGUUCAAGUAGCAUGAGGUCCAGACCAAUCCAAGCCUUCAAUCACUAGUUGUACACUCAUUGAGGCCCCCUUCAAUGGCGUAAGCAUUGUGCCAGGUAUUCGGAUAAUCUGUCAUUGGGCAGUCGUUUUGUGAAAUUGCUGGCGCAGUGCUUUUGUCUGUGACUGACAUCUGUGAAUGUGCAGUGAUAGCGUACUGGGAUUGGUCUACAUCUGACCAGGGACUCUGUAGAUCAACAGGAGUUGUUGUGUGUAACCUAGCAGUUAAGAAUGAUAAUUAAAGGACACUCAUAUUUCACUAGUCCAUGUGAAAACGGGAUUUUAAGCUAUGCAUGGGUGUAAAGGUACAAUAAGGAACAAGUAUUUGUGGACAUGUACAAGCCAAUCUCUUCUGUGAAGAAGUGUGGUUCUGAAUAGGAACUGGAGGUGACAGUUUUUCUUGACGUUUCAGAUAGUGUAUUCAGUGGAAUUAAUCUCUUCUGUUUAGAAGUCCAGUUCUGAUGAAAAGAAACUGCAGAUGAGAAUUUGUCCAUCCUAAACGUAAAACAAUUCUCACCUGCAGUUUCUUUUCAUCAGAACUGGACUUCUAAACAGAAGAGAUUAAUUCCAUGGUGUACUCACAAAAUUAUCUGUGUUCCUCCAUGUACAGUAUGGGGUGUGAUCCAAGAAAGUUAUUGUGUUGCUCUAUGAUGAUGAAAGCAUAGUUGACUGGUUCCCAGACCUUUCAAUAUAUUCCAAACUUUUGAGAGGGGCAGGAACCAGUGUAGAAGUUCGAACCAGGGCAGAGUCCUACAUGGAAAUCAGUGUUUCACAGCAUUCCAAAAUCCCUAACAAAUAAAAAAAUGGGUGUGACAUUUGUUUGAGAAGUUGGCGGGAGCUUGAGGUUUGCUGAUGACUUGCAAACUUGAUGACAUACUGCUAGAUUUCUAUGCAAAUGAGUGAUAUAAGAACCAGUAAGACGUGUUUGUGUGGCAUUGGCUUAGUCAUCAAUCGGAUGAGGGUACAUGCAUAUUGUAGUCAUCAAGGAAUUACAAGAUGUCAGCAGGACAUGAAAAAUGAAGAAAUGUCAGCGGUUCCGAGAAGACUCUUAUCAGCUAUGUAUUCUAAGCCUUGCUAACUGAUGGGGUCAAUGACUAUCUGAAUUGAUAGCAUCAAUUUCAGUCUUUAAAUGCUGCCUCCCGACGAUUAACACUCUUGAAAAUCAUUCUGCUUGUGGUUUAUUUGUAACUGUUCAACAUUUCAAAAAAGUUCCAACAGUAAUUUGAAUACCCAAAGACUUAAAGAGUAAGGAGACUCCCUUGCCAAUAACUGCCCAUAGACUUACAGCUCUGAAGUAUUUGUGCCACAUGUUCUACCUGGCUAACAGAAGCAAAUCACAAUGUCUGUUCCCAUUCAGAUUCAUGUGUGGUCUGUUUUAUCAAGUAAACAGUACUUUUUAACACAAUUCAAAACAAUUCCAAUCGUAAUGAAACAGUAACAAAAUAACACAUGAUUGGUAAGCACAUGCCUAUUAUACAUCAGCUAUUAUAAAUCUAUGUAUUUAGUUAUAGAUAAAUCAGGUUAUAAUUAGAAUCUGUAAAAACAACUAAAUGUAUUUAAUUGUUUAUUUUGAAACAUUAUUAAUUUGAUUAUUUUCAAUUGGGUAAAGUUGAAAUGCAGAAAUGAACACAAAAAGUCUCUAUGCAUAUAGUAAUUUUUUGAUAAUUCAGCACUUUGAUAUCAGUCUAUGCAUGUGUAGCUGUUUACAAUCUUUACUUGAUUUAGAAGCAAUAGAUAUGAUUUUUAUUCCAAGCAAUUUCACACGGUUCAAUAAGUGUUUUCAGGCCAUUUUUUAUUCAAAAGGCCGAAUGACUUUUUUGAUUACAUUAAAGUGGCCUGUGUCUUUUACACAUUAUAGAGAAAUAUCUGAUGCAACAUCUGGAAGAGAGAUUGAACUCUGUAUGAGACAUCUAUGCAUACAUGAUGCAUGAUCAACUACAUUUAUUGAGUUCACGCACCAGUCACUGUGAACCUCUUAAAAAAGGAUGUCGGAAUGUUUCGCAUUAUUAACAGUUACUUGGCAUGUUUCUCCCCCUUGCCAUAACUGGCAUGAUUCUUAAUAUAGAGGGUGACCCAAAAAAAUGCAACCCCAAAACAUUUGCCUUUUACAUUGUAAAAAAAAAAGGAUCGGUGAAUGUUUAUGUUUUGGGUAUCCGAUUAAAACUGAGAGCUCUUUCUUUUAAAUACUGUAACAAUCAUGAAAAUAACACUUUGGGUUGCUAAGAAAAUGCCAGUUAUGUAAGAGAAGUCAUUUUUCAUGCUGUACACACACAAAAAUUACCACAGUAAGGGAUUUUCACUGUACCCAUUUAGUGCAUGUCUUAAUCCUUACAAACAACACGGCACAUAUUACAAGAGUACAAAUGAAUGUGAUGAAAAUACCUUUAGUAUUUUCCACCUCAACAGGUAUAUCUUUUUAGUCCUAUGUGAAACCUUUCAUCAUCAUUAAUAUGUCAAACUAUUAAAUACAUUACACAAAGGAAGGAUCAUUGCACAGUAGGCUUACAGUAAAAUGUUUCACUGUGAGACAUGACUACUUUGACACAAUUGGCAUUUUCUCAGCAACCCAAAAUGUUAUUUUCAUGAUUUUUUAAUAUUUGAAAGAGAAAGCUCCUAGCUUUAAUCGAUACCCAAAAUAUAAAAAUCCACUAAUCCUUUUUUUUUUAAAGGCAAAUGUUUCAGGGUUGCAUUUGUUUUGGGUCACCCUAUAUAUUGAUUUGUUUAUUCUUAACAAUAAUACUAAUGACAGGGAUGCUGCAUCUGUAGAUUCAUGUGGUGUAUUUAGCUAGGAUUGAUCACCAAUGGCCUUCUUUUAACUUAUUUCUACCAACUGCAUAUUUUCUGGCCAAUUUCACUUUGCGAGAGUGCCUUGAAGUAAGAUAUAUCAUGCUCUCCUUAACGUGAACAAAAACAGUCUUUGUUUUGGAUUACUUAUUUUCAAAGUAUUGCGUAAAAGAACAAAAACUUUAAAUUCCAAUGUUUAUCUCAGUUUUAUCAUAAAAACAUAAUAGUCUAUUGUGCUACUUUUGUGUUUAAUUGUAUCAUUAGCAUUGUAUAUCAAUUAUGGAAUCUAAAAUAUUUGCUCUUUUGCUUAUUUUCUAGUUAUUUAUACUAUUUUGCCUCAGUGAAAUAACUGUUUCACUGAAACGUCUAAAUUACAAAUAAUUUCAAAUUUAUAUUUUCUAGAGGCCAGAUGUUUACACCCCUACACAAAGUUCAUGGCAGAUAAAGAUACAGUCCAUGUAUCUUUUAUAGGUCGGCUCAGCAUAACACAAAGUGAUGUAACACUUUGAAAACUCUGCUCAGUUUAUUCAUAUAUUUGCACAGUGCAUUGAUGUAAAUGCGCACUGUCUGUGUUGCCUUGAUAUAUGUAGCUGCAUUUCUAUAAACCGUCAACCUCCCCCCCCCCCCCCCGACAUCACAAACAGGAGCAUGGGGCGUUACCAUUAGGCAAUUAUGUAAUAUUUUUUCUGCAUAUCGGUAAGGGAAUGUUUUGUCGUUUUUCAUGAUUAGUUCCUAACGUCUUUCAAGUACAUGUAGUUUAUUGGCAAUUUCAUGCAUUUCCAUCAUCAAAAUAUAUAUCAAUCAUUUCACUCUAUUUUUGUACAUGUAUUCCCGUGGUGUAUUUAUCAUUCUUAUUCAACUAAUUCUAUUAAUUGUCUUUGCAAAAUAUUGCCGGUAAAAAAAUAUGUAAAGAAAUCAUAUUAAUAUUGUUCUUGGGUAUAUAAUGCGGAGGAUGAUUUUACACUGAAUAAACUAUUUAUUGAUAAAACA